UACGACCCCGAUGAAGACAGGAGGUGGGGUUUGACGAAAGAGGUUGCGAAGUGAGCAACAUUGGGACAGAAACAGAAUAACGACAUUAUAGCGACUGACUGUAGUUUUGUUCAGACGGAACCCUUAAAUUAAGGUCCAACCAUGGGGAAGUCUCUCAUUUCUAUAACAAAUAAAAAAGAAGAUGAGAGGACUCUGACUGAGGACUCGGAGACUCACAGUGAGGAUGAUAAACACGACGUGUCACAGUUUCCAUAUGUUGAAUUUACAGGCAGGGACAGUGUCACCUGUCCAACCUGUCAAGGGACAGGGAGGAUCCCAAGAGACCAAGACAACCAGCUUGUUGCUUUGAUUCCAUACAGUGACCAAAGGCUAAAGCCAAGACGAACGACGCUGUACGUGUGUGUGUCGGUCUUUCUGUGUCUGUUGCUGUCUGGCCUGGCCAUAUUCUUUCUGUUCCCUCGUGCUAUUGACGUCUCCUACGUUGGCGUGAAGUCAGUCUAUGUCACCUAUGAUAAGGACCAGCGGAAAAUCUACCUAAAUAUCACGAACACCCUGAACAUCACCAACAAUAAUUACUAUCCGAUUCAAGUGGCCAACAUCUCAGCACAGGUCCAGUUCUACAACACUGUUAUUGGAAAGUGUCUCGUCAGCAACAUUACCACUAUUAUCCCUCUCGAUUUGCGACAGAUUGAUUUCACUGUUCCCACCCUUAUAGCCAAUGAGAUUGACUACAUAUUCGACUACUGCACCUUGCCGUCAGUUAAAGUGCAUAACAUUGUUGUCAUGAUGCAGAUGACUGUAACCGCUGUGUACUUUGGCCAUGCUGAGCAGGUGUCUCAGGAGAAAUACCUGUAUGUGGACUGCGGGGCAAACACCACAUCUUCUCAUGGACACAUGAGUGUAAUACAGUGAUGCUUUUCCCCACGUUCAACGAUUCCUCACGCUCUCAUGUGAUGAAACAAAAACUAGUGGCAUGCUUGAGCAUAUAAAUGUUGAAAGAAGUGCAUACUGUAGACUGAUUGAUCAGUGAGAGUUGAUGCCUUAUUACAUCUGAUACACCGAAGCACUUUAGUAUCAUUUGGGAGAUGGGACGGAAGCAACAGAGGUUUUACCAUAGGGCUGCAAAACAUCAAACCACUAGAAUGUUAUCCGUUAAUCUUUCCGUUUGUUUGAUACGUUUCCCAGUGUGUUGCAAUUUAAUCCGUUAAUUUAUGCACAUGUUAUUCUUUUAGUCACUUUAUUUUCAAUCUCAUAUUCAGUGUAUAUGUAAGCAACAUGUUUCAACCCAAUAGCAUUAACAGAUUUCUCUGUGUUUGAUGGUCUGUAGGUGCCUGGCAACUUCCAGCCCCUCAGAGUGUGAUGUAAAUAACUGUGGGCUUCUGACCUUAGAGAAAAAAUCAUUUCUUUUAAAUGGGAAUGUUUGAAUACAAAUUUUUUAGAAUGAGAUAUCAGAUUCAUUUCCAAACACGAACAUUUAAGACCCUGUGAAUCCUUUUUUAGGUGACACCUAGUCUCAGGUGACGUCAUUUCUUUUUGUAAAUUUAACUCAUAAAGUACCAUUUCAGGGUAACAAUUGCACAUGAAUUAGUUUUUGUUAAAAAAAAUGUAUUUUUUUGUCAUAUGGAAUACAAUUUAUUUAGAAUUGUGGAAAAGGGCCUGAUUGAUGUCAUCGCGUUUUUGCAAGUGCAGCGAUGCAGCCUUUCAGCAGACGCACACGCCUGGCCCGAAGUUACUAGUUCC